AGGUGCCCAGCAGAGUGCCACAGUGGCCAACCCCAUGCCAGGGGCCUCUUCGGACCUGCUGCCCCACUUCCUGCUGGAGCCCCAAGAUGUCUACAUCGUCAAGAACAAGCCCGUGAGCCUGGCCUGCAGGGCGACGCCUGCCACCCAGAUCUAUUUCAAGUGCAACGGGGAGUGGGUGCAUCAGGGCGAGCACGUCACGCAGCGCAGCACGGACCAGGGCACCGGGCUGCCCCUCAUGGACGUCCGGAUCGAUAUCUCCCGGCAGCAGGUGGAGCGGAUCUUUGGGCUGGAGGAGUACUGGUGCCAGUGCGUCGCCUGGAGCUCCUCGGGGACCACCAAGAGCCAGAAGGCCUACGUCCGCAUUGCCUACCUGCGGAAGAACUUUGAGGAGGAGCCAAUGGGCAGGGAGGUCUCCCUCGAGCAGGAGAUCAUGCUGGCGUGCCGCCCCCCCGAGGGCAUCCCGCCAGCCGAGGUGGAGUGGCUGCGCAACGAGGAGCUGGUGGACCCGGCGCUGGACGCCAGCGUGUACGUGACUCCGGAGCACAGCCUGGUGGUGUCGCGGGCGCGCCUGGCUGACACGGCCAACUACACCUGCGUGGCCAAGAACAUGGUGGCCCGUCGCCGCAGCUCCUCCGCCGCCGUGACCGUGUACGUGAACGGCGGCUGGUCGACUUGGACAGACUGGUCGGCCUGCAGCACCAGCUGUGGACGGGGCUGGCAGAAGCGGAGCCGGAGCUGCACCAACCCAGCGCCCCUCAACGGGGGAACGUUCUGUGAGGGCCAGAACGUGCAGAAAAACGCCUGCACCACCCUGUGCCCAGUGGAUGGAGGCUGGUCGGGCUGGAGCCGGUGGUCGCUGUGCACUCUGGACUGCACGCACUGGCGGAGCCGCGAGUGUUCGGAGCCGGCGCCUCGCAACGGGGGCCAGGACUGCCAAGGAGCCGAGCUGGAGACCCGCAACUGCACCACCGAGCUCUGCAGCCACUCCGCCUCUGGCCCCGAGGACGUGGCACUGUACGUGGGGCUCAUGGCUGUGGCCGUCUGCCUGGUGCUGCUGCUGCUCGUGGUGGUCCUGGUGUGCUGCCGCAAGAAGGGGGGCCUGGACCCCGACGUGGCCGACUCGUCCAUCCUCACCGCCGGCUUCCAGCCCGUCAGCAGCAAACCAGCCAAGGCAGGGACGUCCCACCUGCUCACCAUCCAGCCCGACCUCAGCACGGCCACCAUGACCUACCAGGGCUCCCUGUGCUCGCGCCAGGACGGGCACAGCAAGUUCCAACUCAGCAACGGGCACCUGCUGAGCCCCCUGGGUGCCGGGCGCCACACCCUGCACCACAGCUCGCCCGCCGCCGAGGGCGUGGAUUUCGUCUCGCGCUUCGCCGCCCAGAGCUGCUUCCGCUCCCUGCCCCGGGGCGCUGCCAACAUGGCCUACGGCACCUUCAAUUUCCUGGGGGGGCGGCUCCUGAUCCCCAACACAGGGAUCAGCCUGCUCAUCCCGCCUGAUGCCAUCCCGCGGGGGAAGAUCUACGAGGUCUACCUGACGCUGCACAAGCAGGAGGACGUGAGGUUGCCCCUAGCCGGCUGCCAGACCCUGCUGAGCCCCAUCGUCAGCUGCGGGCCCCCGGGGGUGCUACUCACGCGCCCCGCCAUCCUGGCACUGGGGCACUGCGUGGAGGCCAACGCCGCCGACUGGAGCAUCCGCCUGAAGAAGCAGUCGUGUGAGGGCACCUGGGAGGACGUGCUGCAGGUCGGGGAGGAGCCGGCCUCGGGGCUCUAUUACUGCCAGCUGGAGGCCCAGGCCGCCUACGUCUACAUGGAGCAGCUGGGGCGCUUCGCCCUGGUGGGGGAGUCGCUCAGCAUGGCGGCCGCCAAGCGCCUCAAACUCCUGCUCUUCGCACCGGCCUCCUGCAGCUCCCUGGAGUACAGCGUCCGCGUGUACUGCCUCCGCGACACCCCGGACGUGCUCCAGGAGGUGAUGCAGCUGGAGAAGCAGCUGGGGGGGCAACUGAUCGGAGCCCCCCGUGUCCUGCACUUCAAGGACAGUUACCACAACCUGCGCCUCUCCAUCCACGACAUGCCCAGCUCGCUGUGGAAGAGCAAACUCCUCGCCAGCUACCAGGAGAUCCCCUUCUACCACCUGUGGAGUGGGCUGCAGCCCUACCUGCACUGCACCUUCACGCUGGAGCGCCUCAGCCCCAGCACCUGCCAGCUGGCCUGCAAGAUCUGGGUCUGGCAGGUGGAGGGCGACGGGCAGAGCUUCAACAUCAACUUCAACAUCGCCAAGGACACAAGCUUCUCGGACUGGCUGGUGCCUGAGAGCGAGGCCGGCUGCCCAGCCCUGGUGGGCCCCAGUGCCUUCAAGAUCCCCUUCCUCAUCCGCCAGAAGAUCAUCAGCAGCCUGGACACGCCCUGCGCCCGUGGGGCUGACUGGAGAACGCUGGCCCAGAAACUCCACCUGGACAGCCAUCUCAGCUUCUUUGCCUCGAAGGCCAGCCCGACCGCCAUGAUCCUGAACCUGUGGGAGGCGCGGCACUUCCCCAGCGGGAACCUGGCGCAGCUGGCCGCUGCCGUGGCCGAGGUGGGCAGACAGGACAGUGCCCUCUUCGCCGUCUCGGAGGCCGAGUGCUGAGGGGCCAGCGCAGGGCGGGGCAGGGCCCUGCGGAGGGGGGAGCACAGGCCCCGGGGCAGUGGCGUGGGUGUCACUGCCCCAAAGGUGCCAGCUCUGUCCCCCCAGGGGCCUGUGCUGGGCUCCUGCCCCUGCUGCCCGCGCAGGGGGCAGGGGGCUGGCUGGGUGCGGGCACUGACUGAGUGCGGGGGGCUGUGCCCCUUGCUGCCCCAGGACCCCUUGAGGACUCACCUGACACCCCCCUCCGCAUGCCAAGGGGCUGUGGGCCAGUCCCCCCCUUGGGGGCGUCUUGGAGCCAAAGAACAGGCCAUGGCGGGGGCUGCGGGCGGGGGCUCUGAGGGGGGGCUGGGAUGGGCAGCCUGGCUCCAGCCCGGCCCAUCCGGGCGCUGUGUGUGCAGCGGGCAUUGUGCGUCGUGCGUGCUGUAACCGUGUGGGGCCGGGCGGUGCCAGGCCCUGUCCCAUGUUGUGUAAAGACCGGUUUUUAAUUCUGUAUUCAAGUGCAUUCGCGUAUUUACACUUGGCCUUAUGUACAUAGCUGGCGGCGCGGGGGGGGGGGCGAGCGGGCACCCUGUAAAUAAAUCGGAUCUAUAUUGCUA